UCUCUAGUAACCUUACGCCGCUAGCUGAGUUGCGCGCGGCGCCGGGUUCCCAGUGCUUGGGUAGCUCUGCGAGUUGCCAGUUGUUGUCGUGGACGGCCGCAAGCCAGCGAACUCGCGCCAGCGCGAGCGCCAGCGCCGAGACAGCAGUGCUCUCCCAAAGUUCAAAAAGCCCAGGGCAGGCGACCGCCGCGCGCCGUCGCCGCGCGCGCGACAGAUCAAUAACAGGCAUCGCCGCGAGCGCGAUAGAUCACAGACCGCCGCCGCGCGCGCGAUCGACCAUACCAACAGCUACGGAACGAUGGACGAGCAGCGCGCUUUAUUAGAUCAGCUCAUGGGCUCGCAGCGCGACAUACCCGAUCAUAAAAAACGCGAGGUCCACUUCUACGAUAGGGAAAUAGACAAGUUCUGGCUAUUAGGAGUGCAGCCCUUCGAUCUUUUUCGCAAUACCAGUUGGAGCCCUCGACUCGCAUCCAUAUACAGAGGGAGCAUGGGCUAUGAUUUAGAGAGGUCCAUGGGCCGCGAGCAGCCUCUGAGUGUGCUGCCGGAGUGGAACGCGUUGCCUCAAGACAAGCAGGACGCGUAUGGGUAUGAACACGAAUUAUGUAUCUUCCUGGAAGCGCUGAUACGGUCCUGCGACAAGAACGUCGAGAAGGCGCGAGAUGCCCACGAGCGCGGCGCGACCGACGUCACUGCUCAAGAAGCGCAACAACUCCUAGACCUCGACACGAAGAUCGCUGAAAUACAAAAACGCUCCGAAGCUGCGGCAGAAUCAGGCGACGUCGACACAUCGUUAUCACUCCUCGCCGAGGUCGAUCAAUUGGAGCAGAAGAAGCGGCAGGUCGGACACAUGGAGGAAAAAACGAAAAAAGUCCUGGUCUGCGAAGUCUCCGGGAACGUUGUACAAAAUACUGAAAUAAGAAUCCAGGAGCACUAUCAAGGGAGGUUGUACCUGGGCUGGAAGAAGGUGCGGGAUCGGUACGCGCUGAUCAAGGACAAAUACAAGGACAAGCGGCACCCGAACCCGCAGUGGCGCCACCGGACGAAGGGCGAGAAAGAAGCGGCUGGUAAGGAGCGAGCGGCUCCGCGGUCGUAUAGUCGCCGGGACGACGGCUACGACCGGCGGCGCGACGAUAGAGAUCGAAGGGACGACUACCGGCGCGACGGGUACGACCGGCCGCGCUCUCGCGACGAGCGCUCUCGCGACGACGAUCGACGGCGGCGGCGGUCGCGUUCGCGGUCGCGCGGCCGCCGGCGGUACGACUACGAAGAUGAUGACCCGCGGUCGCGGUACGACUCGCGGUCGAGGUACUACCGGUAAAGUUGUCAC